AUGGAGCAAGGAACCUUAUUGGACGAAGCUCUUGGGUCUCUCCAUCUCAGUGGUCGCGUUGUUCUCCUCGAAGACUGCGUCGAGACCAGUGCCGCUUUCGUCCUGCACCACAUUCUCAAGCGCUCUCUUUCUCAGCCUCCUCACUCCUCCAACGUCGUCGUUUUUGUUGCCUUCGCUCACCCCUUCUCUCACUACGAUCGGAUCCUCCGAAGACUGGGUUGCAACUUAGUUGUGCAAAGGGACAAUAACAGAUUCUUUUUCUUUGACGUGCUUGUCGAUUGCCCAGAUGGUGAAGAAGGAAAAAACAGUGAUGGUGGACUUGUUGCUUUGUAUGGGAAAAUCCAAAAGACUAUAAGUGCCUUACCUCAAGAGAACCAGAACUGUAUCACUGUUAUGAUUGAUGAUAUCUCUCUGAUGGAGGUGGCUGCUAAGGGAUCUACAAAUCUUGUUUUAGACUUUCUUCAUUACUGCCACACUUUAGUAUCAGAAUUUGGUUGUUCCUUAGUCAUGCUCAAUCAUGAUGAUAUAUAUUCAGACACGGUGAGGCCCUCCCUUAUUUUACAGAUGGAGUAUCUAGCAGACAUUCUGAUAAGAGCAGAACCAUUGGCCACUGGAUUGGCAUCAGAUGUGCAUGGGCAGUUGACAGUCCUGAACAGUGGGAAGGAGAGAUCAAGAAACAAGCUGUCUAAUUUCCAAUUCAAAGUAAAGGAAAACAGUGUCGAAUAUUUCUAUCCUGGAAGCAGGACUUGA